AUGUUGAAUACAACACCUUUGAAUAUUGAUAAAUGGUUAGAGGAAAAUGGUCAUUUGCUGGCACCACCGGUUAACAAUUAUUGUUUACACAGGGGUGGUUUUACAGUGAUGAUUAUUGGUGGUCCCAAUGAAAGAACUGAUUACCAUAUCAAUCCAACUCCAGAAUGGUUUCAUCAACGUAAAGGUAAUAUGACUUUGAAAGUCGUUGAUGAAUCGAAAAUUGGUUUGGAUAGAUUUAUUGAUAUCGACAUCAAGGAAGGUGAUUCUUAUUUAUUACCUGGAAAUGUUCCUCAUAAUCCUGUCAGGUACGCUGACACUAUUGGGAUUGUUGUUGAACAAGACCGUCCUGAUGGCCAGAUGGAUGCUUUAAGGUGGUAUUGUUCUUCGUGUAAGGAAAUUGUUCAUCAGAUUGACCUCCAGAUGGUAGAUUUGGGCACUCAAGUUAAAGAGGGUAUUGUAUCCUUUGAAAACGACAUCGAUGCCAGAACUUGUAAGCACUGUGGGACUUUGAAUUAUUCAAAACCACAAUGA